GCACUCGGAAAAUACGACUAUGAUUUAACAAUUUUCUACAGUACCUGAAAUCAGCAUUACGUCACAAUGAAAGAGGCGUGGCUUGCUGGGCCAGGCAAGGGCACACAAGAUUGGAUGACAUUUGUGUUCUUUCAGGACUUUAAACCACAGCUGUAGUUUGGAUAUAAAAAUACAGCGAAGACCUCAAGCACCACCAACGUGACUUUGCAGCCUUCCUGCAUGUGAUGGUGACAUACUGACUGGGGUUGCUUCGGCCCCUGUGGUGAAUGGCUGUAAGCAGAGGGGCCUUCGCCUUCUGGGUGGGGAGUUUCCGCAUCCAUGGCAGAAGGCAGCCCGUCACAAAGCACAUCGGGAGUCUCAAUCAGCCACUUGACUUGCAGUGGAUCUGCCAUACAUGUCCUUUCAGCAGUGCAUCGUGGGACCUGGCGCCCACCAACAGCUUGAGAAAUCAGACAAUUAAGAAACUGAUUCCAUCACAACCCUUCCAUCAUGUCAGCUGGCCACACACGUCUCCUUACCACGAAGAUGACUGGGAGGAGUCGCUCAGCAUGUGUGUGCUGGUGCGACCAAAUGAGUCAAGUGGUGUGCACACCCUGGUGGAAAUCCCGUUGUUUGGUGAAACUAAACUAGGAGAGUUACUUGCUCCAGUGAAUCACAAAUCCUCUGAGUUUUCCUUUGUAUUGACUACAGUGGAUGGCAGCAGAGAGGAUGACAUCAGCGUCAGAAGCUUCAAAAGAAUCAAACACCCACUAGAGAGAGAGCAUGGCUGUUUUAGAAGUCUUUUUGAAGUGGAGAGGUGCCCCGCACCCCUCAUGUGUGGUUCUCAGUUUUAUUGUUUCCAUUCACCGGGAACACAAACUAUGGCCCACAGCAAGGAUAACCCCAGGCAGGAUAUUGGACUUGAGAAAAACAAGGAGGAGUCACCCCAGUUCUAUCCGAACUCUCUGUGUAGCAUUGAAGCAAGAGCAGAGGGGUCGAGUCGUGAAGGAGACAGUGAAGGAGAGCAGAAGCUGGCUAUAGCAUACAAACGACUGAGGAGUGAACUUCCAAAUUUCUUCCGUAAGAAUCAUGACUACACCAUGUACUCCAAUGAUAUUGAAUUCAUCAAUGGACUUCUCAAUACCAGUACCAGAGGACGUGUGGUUUACCAGCUUACCCUCUCGCUGUGGCGCCUCAUGUGUCUGUUGUACUUCGCUGAUGCACGGCUGGAGGUGCUCAAAUUGACCAAGCACAUGGAAGAUGGAACCAUUAAGGCUCGCUGGAGGCUCAGGGGCCUUCCCUUCCUCACGCUGAUGCUACGCUUUUACCGCAAAGACAAAUCACAGCUGUACAGGAGGCUGAUUUUUCAUGCAGGUGGGCCAGCCCUCAUCCCACCCAUGUACCACUGGGCAAAUGAUCCCAUGAUCCAGAUCCUAAAGCCUGCCGCACAACCAUCAAGACAAGCAGAUGUGACUAAACUGUCAAGCAGUGUUUUCAUAAGCAGCUGACUGUACUGACUGCAAUUAGAAAUUGAAAUCGCAGUUGAAUGCUGUCGCAAUGUUAAAGAUGUAGUGUCCAAUCAAAAAUGCAAUGUUACAUCACAUGAUUUUUCAGAACAACAAUUACAUUUGCGUUUACCAAGUCAGCUCCUUACGGCUGCCUCUACCUUACCACUAUGUCUACAGCACACAAGGUUGUUGACUCCAUGAGGGUCAUGUCAACUGAGGGUGACUUAGAAAUUACAAGUCUUGAAAAAAAUUUCUAGAAAUUUAAUCACUAAUGUAAUGCUACUAAUAUAAAACAGUACUUUUUAUAACAGAUGACACCCUAACACCAACUCCUAAAAUACUGGUACCAAUCUAAGCAAAGAAUAAAAUAUAUAUAAUCCAUCCAUUUUCUGUACCACUUAUCCGCACUAGGGUCAUGGUCGUGAUGGGGCCCAUUCCAGUUAUCUUCAGGGAAGAAGUGGUUUCGACCCCGAACUAGUCGCCAGCCAAUCACAAGGCACAUACAAACAACCAACCAUUCGCAGUCACAUUAUAUAAUAUUUUAUGUAUUUAUAGAAGAAUGUGUUACACCCAGACUCUUAACCUGAGGAGAGGGGGGAAACUUUUUUUUCAAACAACCAGGAGGUGAAAGAGAAGGGUGCAAAUGAAUGUUUACACUUAAGGUAAAGCUAGGUGUCAUCCACAACGCUAUGGAAGUGAAUAUCGAAUUAAUAGAAAAUGAGGCCAAACUAAUUUUUGUGGUGAGCCACAUCGUAGUUAUGGUUUACCUCGGAGUGCUUUUAUGACUGAACUAGGUGUGGGCGGGUACUGAUACCAGGUGUCGGCAUCCAGCUGAUACUUGUGAAGGGUACUUUUGAAUGCUGCCGAUACCAGCUGCAGAUUUUUAAAGAAGAAAAAAAAAUCUGACCAAGUCCUCCUUGGUAGUAGUUGCUAAUACACAGACUGAUUUGAC